GCGAGUUUCAAUCUGAGAUUUUCUUUUCCCGGGAAAAUCUCUUACCGAAGACUCUCUUGUUCAAAGUUCUAUUCUUUUGACAGAAAUCUUCGAUCUUUUCCAGAUUUGUUCUGUAAUAUUUACAUUUCUGUAACAUAAUCGGUCUCAAUGGGGACACCAGAAUUUCCAGAUUUAGGGAAACACUGUUCCGUAGAUUAUUGCAAGCAAAUCGAUUUCUUACCAUUCACAUGCGAUCGCUGCACUCAGGUGUUUUGUUUGGACCAUCGAAGCUACAUGAAACACUCUUGUCCUAAAGGAAACAGAGGAGAUGUAACGGUCGUUAUAUGUCCGUUAUGUGGUAAAGGAGUUAGGUUAAACCCUGAAGAAGAUCCAAACAUUACUUGGGAGAAACAUGUUAAUUUUGAUUGUGAUCCAUCACACCACGAGAAAACUGUCAAGAAGAAGAAAUGUCCUGUUACAAGAUGCAGAGAGUUGUUAACGUUCUCCAACACUAUUAGGUGUAGAGAUUGUAGUGUUGAGCAUUGUUUGAAACAUCGGUUUGGGCCUGACCAUGGUUGUGAUGGACCUAAGAAAGUUGAAUCGAGAUGGUCUAGUCUUUUAGCUUCUGCGGAAGCAAGUAUAAGCAGGCUUGGUAUACCGAUCUUAGGCAGAAGUUACAGCUUGCGAGUGGUGGUAAUGUAGAGGGGAAUGGGAGAGAGAACAGUGGUAAAGUUACGGUUGAUGUUUGUCCGAAAUGUAGCAGAGGGUUUCGUGAUCCGGUGGAUUUGUUGAAGCAUAUUGAUAAGGAUCAUCGUGGUACUUCUAAUGCUUAGAUAUUUACAAGAAUGGAAGAUGUGAAGUGGUUACAUGUUUUGACUAACUUGGGAUUGACUAAUUUAAAAACCUGGUGACAUUUUUUAAGAGUUUUACUAAAAAAUAUUUUAUCAAAAUUUAGGAGACUAUACCUAUAUAAAAAAAAACCUCCAAAAUUUUUUGGGUAAACGGUCAAUGGUUUCAUUGGGAUGAUCCUAGAUCAGUCCACUGUCAAAUUACAUGCACACAAGAGCUAUAGUUAAAUCUUUGUAUAUAUACUAGGUUGUUGUCUUCCUACCAUCAUUCUAGUUACACAACUUAUAAAAGUCUUUUUGAAGUUUUAAAUGUAUGUAGCAGUUGCCUUAUAUAACACAAUUAAGCUUAUACCUAGUAUC